UGUAGAUAUAACUAUUAUACAACUUAAAAGUUCAAGCAUAAAUUAUUUAAUACAAAUUUUAUAUCUCAUGCUUCAUAAUGAUUAAUWAACUUUUACUAUAUAUAUUAUAAAUCUUUUCGAAAAAUCGACCAGGCAACAUUAUUCGCCAAGUGAACUUGCUUUUUCGUAAUACAUACCUAUAAGCUUUAUGUGAGAUUUAAAAUACCACACACAAAAUAAAAAUAAAAUUUGAUCAGUGUUUUAAAAGUGUYUACAACAUUAAUUUUGUGAUUUUUAAAAAUUUCUAUCAGUCAUGUCAUAUUUUUGUUCUAGAAGAAUUUUCCAACGAUUCCAACUCAAUCAAAUAAAAAAAUUCAACAUAAGUAAUGUCUCAGGAGGUCCAAAUAAACAUGUAGAAUUUCCAAAACGUAAUAAAAGAAUAUUUGGAAAAGAUGGUCCAAUUACGUGGAAAACUGUAGGAAUUACUGGAGUUUUGGGAGCGGGUAUGGUUACAUACUUGUUAUAUCUUAAAGAAGAACAAGAAGAAAAGCAAAGACGAGAGAGAAAGCGUCAGCUAGGAAAAGCACAAAUUGGAGGUCCAUUUGAAUUAUUAGAUGGAUCUAACAAUAUUGUAAAAAGUGAACAAUUUUUGGGGAAGUGGAUGCUUAUAUAUUUUGGUUUCAGUCAUUGUCCAGAUAUAUGUCCUGAUGAAUUAGAAAAAAUGGCAUUAGUUGUAGAUAAUCUUGAAAAAGAAGAAAUGAAUACUGGCAUUCAAGGCAUUUUCAUCACUGUAGACCCAGACAGAGAUACUCCUAAAAUUGUAGAUAAAUAUAUAAAGGAAUUUUCUUCAAAAUUCAUUGGUUUAAGCGGUACUUCAGAUCAAAUAAAGCAAGUGUGUAAAAGAUAUAGAGUUUAUUACAGCCCUGGAAAAAAAGACGUCGAUAAUGAUUAUAUUGUGGAUCAUACCAUCAUCAUGUACUUGGUUAAUCCAGAGGGUGAAUUUGUGGAUUAUUUCGGACAAAACAAAACCGCUGAUGAAAUAGUAGAACACAUUUUGUUACAUAUGUUUAAAUUUAAACAAGAAAAAGGUUCAUUGUUAAGCAGCACUUUAGAAAAGAUAAAUUCAUUAAGUGGGAAAAAAAUUGUUGCAUCUUAAACUUUAAAUUUAGAUUUAUGUUUAGACUAACUUCAGUUGCUGUUAAUUGUUAAAAUAAUUUAAAAU